AAAAAGAAAAAUACGUGUCCAAUACUUUUUGAUAAUCUACCUGAUAAACGAAGAAAAAAAAAUAGUCAUCAUCCCUAUUGUCUGUAUCUACCCCUCUGGGAAUGGGGGAUGACCUUAUGUAUCGUAAUGUUAACAAAGCAGCUUUAUAGUUCCCAUCCAUUAAAUUGAUUAACAAAAUAUCGUAGGUUGGUAUUUAGAAACAGGUUAUUGUCAGUACUUACUCGUUAUUUCAGAUCACUAUCUGGUAGAUUUGGUUGUUGAUAAACAUAGAAAUAGCGUAACUUGUUAACUUAACACGGUUUGUAUUGUUCAAUUUUAAGAUUCUCUAUAAAGAACUUUAGGGCUUUUUAAUUUUGGAAUAAUUUCGAAAAAAGAGCCGAGCUUAGGUAGCGAUUAAUACAGAUAUACAUAUUAAUAUAUUGGUUAUACCACAAAUGAAAAAACUUCGAAAAAUCAUAAAAAGAAAACAUAAAUUAUAUUUUAUUUGAACAGGCAUUAUAUUAAAGAAUAACUGCUCAUAUUACAGCAACAAAAAGAACAGAUAACGUUGAAAAACCUCGCACGCCAUCAUAGAGCGAGCGGAGCGCUAUCAAAAAUCGCCCAGUCUUAUGGCAACUUUUUAUUUGACAUUUCAUACAAGUUUAUUCAAACAACGAUAGUAUCGCAGACGUUAUCUUUCAAUGCAACGUUACCGCGAGCCCGGCGUGAUAGCAUCUCCGGGCAGCCAUUGCUAGUUAAACCGACUGAUAAGGGAUCGAGCGGGCUUGUGUGCGUGCGUCCGUACGCGAGGGGGCGCGGUAGUGUGCCGGGGGGCGCUCGCCGCGCCAGCCAGUCACUCACUCAGCGCGGCAAAAGAAUGACGGGCCGAAUACACUCUGUGCAAGUUUAAAAAAAGAAAUGUCAAAACAACGCUGUGCAUAAUUUUGUGUGCGAGCAACAUCGGUUGCAUGAGACCGCGGUGUGAUGCUCUUGUGGCUGAGGUACCUGAAACAGCUGGAGCUGGCCUGCUCGCAACUGCCGGCAGGCGGCGCUGCCGUCGUCAAAACAAUGUGUGAAGACGAGGAAUGGGGAAACGAGAGCGAGGCGAUGCCCGGGGAACCACGCACGCCGAGUUCAGGAGGGGAGCGAGGAGCAUCGAGCAGGGGAGCUUCACCAGCCUCAGGGGGAUCGCCCGAAGCAUCUCCGCCGCGGUUGCGCCUCAACACCAGCUUGGCUACGGAUCCUGCGCUAGCGCCUUCAGCCGCACCUCUUAAACAUGAACCUCCAUCGCCGUCUCCUCCGCCUCCACCUGUACCGCAAACGAGAGAUUUCCUCGCGCUCUCCGCUACGUUUCCAGCACUUUUUCCGGCGGCCACAGCCCCCGGUUAUAUCUGUAAGCCUUGUGGCAUUCGCUAUUCUUCAUUGAGCACGCUACAAGCACACCAAGAACACUACUGUUCAAAUAGAAGACCAAAAACCGCAGAAGGAUCUGAUACACCUGCGGACCCUGGAGCAGAUGACUCCAGUAGCGACGCGAAAACGCCGCGACCACCAGGAAAACAAUAUGCGUGCACUUAUUGCUCUUAUAGUGCAGAUAAGAAAGUCAGUUUAAAUCGACACAUGCGUAUGCAUGCUUCGUCGCCUGUCAGCAGUGUGACGCCUACGCCUACGCCAACGUCCAAUGGUGAAGUGACUGAUGGCCAACCGCCACAGGAUCGUUACUGUGCCGACUGUGAUAUACGUUUCAGUUCUAUCAAAACAUACAGAGCUCAUAAAGCUCAUUACUGUAGCACAAGACAAGUUGUGAAACAAGCAUUGGCUGCGGUGAGAGCCAGUUCAGUCACAUCAGGAUCUGCUCCGCCUUCACCAGGCGCAACACCUCCGAAUCAAGCUCAGUAUGCUCUGGCUUUACCAACUAACCCCAUUCUGAUAGUUCCAUACUCGUUACUACGAAACGCAAGUACACUACCAGGAACAACUUUGCCCGAUCCUGACACACCCUGUUUUUUGUUACCAAAUGGCACAUUUCAGCCUCUCAGCCGCGCUUUACCAAAUAUAAACACAGAUGGCAAGGAAACGGAAGUCCUCAAAUCGGCUAACAGACCUCGAGAGCCAUCCAGAGACGCUGCCACACCACUAGAUUUGAGCGUACGUCGUUCACCAGAAUUUGUGACUACGGAUGACCACGAAAAGGAGAACAGAAUACGGUCUACGACUCCCGAACAGAUAGUUUGUGCGCCUUCAUUACCCGGUUCACCUGGUACGCCCUCACCCUCGCGAAGGUCGUCCUCUCCGAGUGCCUCCCCGCCGCCAAAAAGACAACGUCUGAAUUCUAGAGGUCUCACACCUAAGCCACCUAGCAUACCUUCACCGCCUGAGGAGAAAUUUACUCCGGUAGCACCUCCGCCGAUGAUCACGCCCGCGUUGGCUUUGCGUCUAGCGAGUGAAAUGCCCAUCGCGGCUUCACCUCAGGUUCUAGUAAAACAAGGAGUCUCGAAAUGUAAAGAAUGCAACAUCGUCUUCUGCAAGUUCGAGAACUACCGUAUCCACAAGAGGCAUUACUGUUCUUCCGGUGGCGGAGAAGAGAGAGCGAGUCCGGCGCCGCCCGAGCCGGGGCCCCCGCCGCAGUAUCGCCAGCUGAUUUGUUUAGCGUGUGGGAUACAUUUUAGUUCGUUGGAUAAUUUGACCACUCACCAGUCGUUUUAUUGUACGAAGAGGGAGACCCGCUCGCCUAGGACGGUGGCGGAGGUGGCGAGGCCUACUCCUGGUUCGGAGGGCGGGUGGAAGUGCCCGUGCUGCGAGGUGGUGUCGCCGACGGCGGCGGCGGCGCAGCGCCACAUGGAGGCGCACGCGGGCGUCAAGGCGUUCCGCUGCACGAUCUGCCGGUACCGAGGCAACACCCUCAGAGGGAUGCGCACACAUAUCAGAAUGCACUUCAAUAAUAAGAAGCCCGCAGACCUACAGGAAGAGAGCUACAUUGCGUGCGUGCUGGAAGAAGACAAUAGAGAGGUGACGUCUCCCAGUCCAGCCGUAGCGGGGGAAAAAGUUCACCGCUGCGGUAGCUGCGCCUACACCUCAACUUACCGAGGGAAUGUUGCCAGGCACGCCCGUCUGGUACACGCCACCGACGAGGUAGAAACAGAGGAGCAAACGUCCCCCAUCCCUGCCGUCGACAUCAAGAAAGAACCCGAGCCAGACGCAGAGGAAACCCCUAACUACUGCAAAUCCUGCGAUAUAUCAUUCAAAUACGGUAACACUUACAAAGCUCACAAGCAGUUUUACUGCACGGCCAAUAACCAAGAUGCAGCGGCUAAUAACAAUGUGCCCGCGCCUCCAGCUGUCAGAGUGACAGAUACUCCUGUGCUAUGAGUUGUGUGUGCUAGCUGCAAUUCCGCAUUUCAUGAUAAGUUUCAGUUGGUUAAUGUUUCAAAAAUUCAACGUGUUUUCUUUUCCGAAAUUCAAAAUCAUUUACUCAAUCUAGGCCGUUACACGGGGUAUAUACCGUAAUAUAUACCAGUAUACUGGCCAGUGCUAAUGACGUCAUGAAUCGACGCUUUACUGGUGAAUCGUUCCGAAAUAUACUGGCCAGUGCACUGACGUCAUAAAUCGACGAAAUAUUAAAAAUAGUGCGAAUAAAGAAGAUUUUUCAUUCACCUCAUCAAUUAAAAGGAAUUCUUUUUGUUAGGAUGCCAUUAUUGUUCUUUAAAUGUAAAAGAAAUAAAAUUCGAAUGCAUCUCACGUACGCUCGGUCAUACGUCAUAUUCGUUUUCCCGGUAAAAAUAUGGUAGCAUACCAGUACAAUAUAGCAUCAGUUUCGUGACGUCAUUACCACUGUCCAGUAUACUGAUGUAUAUUUCGGAAUACACCCAAGCUCUUGUGAACGUCAAUCUAUGCCAUUGGUUCGUAAAUUUCCAUUUAUAUUAACGUGUCAGGACAGGUGUUAAGCUUUACCAUAAUUAAUUAUGUGUGAUUAUAUUUUAAACUAGAGUCCAGUCAAGGUCAUUCCGACGCUUUUAAACCAUAUUUGAAGCACAAGAAUAAAUGUUAAACAUUUUUAAUAUUUCUGCUUGUUUGAAGAGGUAACACCUUUGAAAGAUGUUACAAUCUUUUUAAGGUGUUACCCCAAUAUCUAUAAUUUAUGGCAAGGCAGAAUACAUUCGGAACAUACGCUAAAAUUACGACGAUUGGGACCUGCCAGCCUAUUAGCUAACUUUUUCGACAUUUACAGCGGGUAAGUAAAGAGAAAAUUUCAUAUCCAUCGAUGCUUUUUUAAACAAGUAGCUUAGCACUGAAGUUAUAUUAAAGCAGUAGUGGAUCACUAAGCAAGCAGUAAGCGAAAAGGUCUCCUAUUUAGUUAAAACUUGGUAACAAAUCGGCUUAGAGGAUUAUAAAAUCAUUAAUGUUUUCAAAAUGUCUAUAUGAGACUUAUGAUUUGCGGAAUUUCAUCUUUUUGGAUACAUAGGUACUUAUAGGGAUCGAUUGAAUAAAUGAAUAAAGUCGAUUUCAAUGAGACGAUUCAAUGUGUUGUCCAAUGAACAUCCCUAUAGCAG